AUGCCAGAGCUACCGCCUGUAUACAUCGUCUCGGCGGCCCGCACGCCUGUGGGCAUGUUCCAAGGCUCUCUGGCGAGCUUGAGCGCUAUACAGCUGGGCUCGCAUGUUAUCAAAGCUGCCGUUGAACGCGCCGGCGUUAAGCCCGAAGACGUCGAAGAAGUCUUCUUUGGCAACGUCCUUUCGGCCAAUCUUGGCCAGAACCCCGCCCGCCAGUGCGCCCUCGGCGCCGGCCUCGGAGAAUCCACAGUCGCAACCACCGUAAACAAGGUCUGCGCCUCCUCAAUCAAGGCCAUCAUCCUAGGCGCCCAAACCAUCAUUACAGGCAAUGCCUCCAUCGUGGUGGCAGGCGGGACCGAGUCUAUGUCAAAUGCGCCGCACUACCUGCCCAACAUGCGGACGGGCGCCAAGUUCGGCAAUCAAACACUCGUGGACGGCGUGCUCAAGGACGGGCUGACGGACGUGUACAAGAACGAACACAUGGGGCUGCAAGGCGAGGAGUGUGCUAGGGAUCAUGGGUUCAAUCGGGAGCAGCAGGACGACUACUGUAUUAGGAGCUACAAGAAGGCGCAAUGGGCGCAGCAGAGUGGGUGGUUUGGGGAGGAGAUCGCGAAAGUCACGAUUCCCGGGGCUAGGGGGAAGCCGGAUACUGUUGUUGAGCACGAUGACGAGCCGAAGAACUUCAAUGAAUCCAAAACCCGCAGCCUCCGCCCCGCCUUCCAGCCGAAAGACGGCACCGUCACCGCCGCAAACGCCUCCCCGCUCUCCGACGGCGCCGCAGCCCUUGUACUGGUGUCAGAGGAGAAGCUCAAGGAACUCGGUCUCAAACCUCUAGCCAAAAUCCGCGGCUGGGGCGACGCAGCUCAGAACCCCUCGAAAUUCACCACCGCGCCCGCGCUCGCGAUCCCCAAGGCACUGAAGCACGCAGGCGUGAAGCAGGAAGAGGUCGAUGCGUUUGAGAUCAAUGAAGCCUUUAGCGUUGUCGCGCUGGCCAAUAUGAAGCUACUGGGAUUGGAGGAGGAGAAGGUUAAUUUGCAUGGUGGAGCUGUUGCGCUGGGACAUCCGCUCGGAGGCAGUGGGGCUAGGAUUGUGACGACGUUGCUGGGCGUGCUGAGGGAGAAGAAGGGGAAGAUCGGAUGUGCGGGGAUUUGUAACGGGGGUGGAGGGGCGAGCGCGCUGGUUGUGGAGAUGGUGCGGUAG